GCUGCUGGUGCUGUAGUGAUGCAGGCCUGUGAUAUUGGAGAAGAUGGCUUAUUUGGUUUUGACUUGCAUAGUGAUGGUGAAGGUCAAAGGCACUUGAAUGCUUCAAUCAAAGAGAAAGAAACUGAUCAUGCAUUUGGUACAAAUGGAUCUAUUAUUGGUUUUCCACCAAAAGGUUCCUCUUACUCUUGCAUCCAGAUGAAUGGUAAAGAGGUCUUUAGAUUUGCUGUUCGUGUUGUGCCACAAUCAAUUGAAGCAGCUUUGGAGAACGCAGGUCUUCCUGGGUCCAAAAUUGAUUGGCUGCUUCUCCACCAG